AGACGCUGCCCUGGAGUUUUGUUGUGUUUUCAGUGCUCUGUCAUUUACAGCCUUCGAUUUGUCUGAACUUUUAACCACAAAUCACGAUGUUUAUCAGUAGUAUGGCAAAGAGGAAACCUUCAGAGAAAGAUUCAUUUUAUAACUUACGACCUUUACCCUCCAGAGGAACAACAAAGCGAAAUCCCGAUGAAGAUUUCCUGCUGAGAGGUCGGCGAACUCCAUUCAGGUGUGCUGUGUUCGUUAUAUACAAGCUUACAAUAUUUUUUAAACUCAGAUUUCUCCGAUUUGCCUUCUUGUGUCUUUUAAACAGUACUCACUUCUUCUAGUUGUGUGGUAAAAGUUAACGGGGCUCUGUGGGCAAUCCUCUUGCUGAAAACAAACUCUCCACAGUGUAGUUCAGUUUCUUGUUCAUGCUGCAAAGUUUCUUAUUUUUAUUGUUUAAGUUUACAACUUUUUCAUUACCUAGAGCCUUGCUGUAUAUGAGGUUGCUGAUUUAGACUCAAUAGACCCUUUAUAAAACAACUUGAUUUGGAAACUUUAGAACUAGGUUGCAGCAUUUGAUCUUGUAUAGUGCUCCCUGUCUGUCCUCCGUUUUGUCUUUGUCCUUGACAAUUUAGUAAGCAGUCGCUUAAGAAUUUGUUCAUGCUUAGCGUGCGUAUAUCGAGUUAUGGAUGCAUGGGGGAAGUUUGGAGAGCACGAAAGAUACGCAAGAGUAGCACGAGGCGAUAGCCUAGUGCAACUCUAGCUUCUUGAGUGUUCUCCAAACUUCCCAAGUGCAUCCAUAACUCGAUAUACGCACAGCUAAAAGCAUGAGCAAAUUCUUUUAUAACAUAGCUGACAAAAAUGCUUGCUUUUUGAUUAACUACAAAAUUCUCAUAACGCGCUACACAAUAACAAACGCUUCUAUUGGCUGAUUACGAACACACCACAAUCAUCUAGUUUGAAUGAAAAUAUUCUUUCUGUAGCUUUUCUGUAAAACUGAGAAAGAAAAUUUGCUUCUUUAUUCGUUAACGAUCAAUGGAAACUAAGCAGAAACAAAGGUAAAAGAGUCUUAAAGUUCACCUAAAGUUAAAAUACUAACAUGUUCGUAAGAAGUCGUGGAGCAUGGUUUGGAUUUGCUGAAAAGACGUUUUCUGGAUUUCGCCGAGCACAACGGUUUUGCUCGGCGAAAUCCAGAAAACAUGUUUUUAGCGAAGACGACUGUCAUCCUUCCUUAAACUCAUAUUUAUUUACAAACAUUGGCUGGUCAUUACGGCUUCUUGAGAAGACCUGGCAGCAGUUGUUUUUGUGAGUAAUAAAUUUAUGUCUUCUUGUGUAAUUUGUGUUGUUAUUGCGAGAGAAAUCUUCCUGCUUCAGUCGGAUUGUCCGGAGAUAACAAAAGUGCAUAACAAAUUAAAAACAACAAUAAAAACAGAAAUUUAACCUCUUAAUGUUGUUGAUGACCAGUUGGUGUCUGUUCUGUUCCCAGUGAAUUUCUUUUGGCCAAAAUUUGCUGCAGCUGGUCUUCCGACAAAUUUGCGAAACGCGCAACAUGCAAGUUUUUUUAAUUCGGCUCUAUUUUUGCUGCUUGUUGGAUCAGGACCUAAAAGGUCAAUGCGGAUAGAAAAAUUGGGCAGUUCUUCGCUGGUUUCUUCCAUAUUUUAAAGAGAAGGAAAACUGCACUGCAGCUUAAAAGGCGACAACUCUGCAGCCAGGUAAAACAAAAUGUUUACGUCAUCUUAUUGUGCGUAAAUAAAGAUUUUGUUCAUAGCGGCUCAAUAGGACUUAUAUAGGGCAAGCAGGCGCGCUAUGUUAUAACGUAAAGUGGUUAUCGGUUUGUGUGCAACACGUAUAUUGUAAGGUUGUAAUAUACAUGCAAUAGUUUCAGAGGCGCCUCUGAUGUGUGGUAUAGUCACUGUCGUAACAGGGCCAGAGUUGGUCUGAGUGUUGGAAUCAGUAUUACUGUGAGUGUUACGUCUAACAAAGUCCGUGUUACGUCUAACAAAGUCCGUGUUCUUACUAAAAACGUUGUUAAGAUAAUCAGUCUCGUCUUGUAGGCUGUCAAGUGAGUCGCAAACUAGUUGCGCUCGUCUCGUCAGAGUCCGGAUAGUAGUAGCCUUGUGAGAGGUUGGGUUGUACAAAGACUUGUCUGGUAAUUGAUCGGUAUGUGUCGGUUUUCUGUAAGUAGUCGUUUUUAGUUUGUUGUUGGCGCAAGUGACCAAGCAGUCUAGAAAAGGUAUCUUACCAUUUUCUUCGAUCUCCUUGGUGAACUAGUCACAACAACAGUAUACAAGAUCAAAUGCUGCGACUGCCAGGCUUCUUACAUUGGUGAAACCAGCAGAAACUUAAGCAUGCGACUGACUGAACACAAACAAGCGACGAAGAAUGGUGACGUCAACAAUCACAUUGCUGAGCACCAUUUAAAGACGAAACAUCAAAUUGACUGGGACUCUGCGACAUGUAUAACGUAUUCUACUGACUACUAUCAAUGUCUUACUUUAGAAAGCUGGUUUACUAACUUACAACAAACGCCACUGAAUUGUAGCCAACAGUUACCAGCGCUGUACAAACGACUUAUUGACGAGAUCAAGCAAAACUAACUACGAGAGAAUGACAAUUUGACAAACAAUAGACGGAUCGAAACGCACCAAUUACUGAUUACGAGUCUUCAUAGCCAAUAUGAUCACGGCUUAACUGACAGACGACCAAUAACAUCACGACAUAAUUGACCAAUCAAAUUAAUAACCAGAGUAUAAUACCAUCAACUGACGUGAUACAACUCACUUUGACUCUGAAGAUGACUACUGCACAGGUUGUCGAAACGUCAGUCACUGUCAACAACAACAGUCCUAUUCACGACUACGUUCACCUGGACAAUCAAACUCAACCUACUUUUGAAGAUAUAAUAUUACUAACCUUUUUUUAAAAACUGACUGGCAUAAUUUGUUUUGCCCCAAUAUGGUACAAGUAUGUAAUCAUGUAGCUUACAUAAUUAUUUUUGUUCUCAUUUAAAGUGAUGUCUAGUUAGAAAAUAAUGAUCAGAAAGCAGGAGGUUAUAAAAUGGGUUCCCAAAAUUUGAGUCAAAUUUAACCUUCUUCUUGUCUACUAUUCUUGGUUUUCAAAUGUCACAAAUUUUAUGUGCAGUCUUCAGUUAUGUUCUUGCAAUUCUAAAACAAAACAGAUUCUCUUGCAGAAAUCUUCUCUUAAAGGGGUGUAUUAAAUGUAACUGUGGAAUUCCCAAUGGAAACUAUGGAAAUUCGAAUGCUGGUUAAGAGCAUACAACUAACAACCUUUAAAGAAUUAAUUUCCACUCUUUAAGUGCCAUCACUUACAGUAAAUAUUCAUAACAUAUAUACAACUAGUUCACAAAACGCAUACAAAGGAGCUAAUUCCCCAAACUUACAUGACACUACACCCUAUGGGUCUCAGAAAAUGUUGUGUGGUAGGUCUCAUUUGUGUGUGUGUUGAUUUUGGUCUCAGAGUCUUGAGCUCUUUGGUCUUUAGUCUUGGAUUUUAAACUGCAGGUCAGUAUCCUGGCAGGUCUUAAGAUUUUGCCACCCUUGACAAAGUUUUCAAAUAGUUCUCAAUUUUCAGCCCUAAUUUUCCUUGUCAGUUACUUACAGCAAGUUUAGAUUACUGCACAUAUUUUUACGGAAAAUGAAAGUCUUACUUUGCUGACGUUACUUUUAUUCACUAUCUAGGAUAAAACCACAGAAUUAUCGCACCAACUCGGAGAUGACCAUAUCAACCACAGGAAAGUCAACUCGGCAGAACACGAGAUCUCCUUCACGGCAAUCAGUUAGCUUCCAAGAGUUUCACCAAUCUUCAGAUGAAGAGUUGGAUCCAGAUGAUUUAGCUCUGGAUUUGUCAGAAUUUGAUGAUGGCCCUGAAGAAGAAUUAUUAAGACUCCAAGACAAAAACUAUUCAAAAGAUAUGUUCCUGGAUGGCAGCAUUAAUUCAGACAGCUGGUUUAUAAAUCCAGUUCAUCGCAUGACAAGCCCUCCUGUUAACAUUGAAAAAAUGGCACGUAGGCGACCUUUAAAAGCGGCUGUUUUGAAGACUUCUUUAGAGGGAAACAUUGCAAGUGAUCCUACUGAAGACAUUACAAAAACGCCAAUCAGGGAUUUUGAUUUGUCUGUUUUUAGAAAUGCCGAAAAUCAAAUGUUGUCAUCGCGAACCUUAAGUGCCUUGGCAACUCCAUAUCAGGAAGAACUAGCCCGGUUGAAGUUGGAUAGAUUACGUCUGGAGGAGGAAAGGCUCCUAAAAAAGAAAUGUCAUGAUGAACUUGAAAGAAUAAGGGGUCCUAAGCCCAAGUGGUAUGAACUAAAGACUCCUGAGUUUCAUCGUGAAGCUAAGAGAAACAAUGACAUACUAUCAUUAUCAGGACACUAUGAAGAUAUUAUGGAAUAUAGACAGCAGCUAUUGUCUUGUUUAGGAGAAGAGAAAGUUGCUAAUAAGUGA